UUCAUACCUCUUUUUCAGCUCAAUCUGUGAGCAGCUAUUGACUGUCAUGGGUAUUUAUAUUGACAAAGCAACCAUUUGUGAGCAUGUUGGCUGAAGUAAAAUGUGGCCAACGGAAUGCAGCAGGAGCAAGAGUACGAGCCAAGGGAUCGUAACACUGGAGCUCAAGGAUAAACCAUGGACUCUGCAUACAUCCCACCACACCUGGACAUCCACCAUGCUCCCUGCUAACAUCCUGCUCCUCAUGUUCUUGCUGCUACCUCAAGUCUCGUCUGGUCGCCAGGGUGAGGACACCAGCGAGAUUGACCAUGGCAGGGUGCCCCCCACGUCUUCAUCCUCGACACCCACGCCAUCGCCCUCGGAUUCCAACCUUUCUCAAACCAUUCAGACUCUACUCUUGAGCCGACUGGGCCUGCAGUCUCAGCCCAACCCGCAGUCUGGAGUACCAGUGCCGCAGUACCUGCUUGAUCUUUAUCGCUUCCACCAAAAGCAGUACCAUCUAGUGGAAGACCCGUCAUUUAGCUUCCCCAGUCAGCAUAUUCAGCAGGCCAACACAGUACGCAGUUUUCAUCACAGCGAGUCCCAUGAAGACAGUCAGACAGAGAAGGAUCACACAAGAGUGCACAUCUCAUUUGACAUCUCGUCCAUCCCUCAAGAGGAGAAGGUCCUCUCGGCUGAGCUCCGGCUGCUCCGCAGUGACAGAGCCUCCCUGGGUCCUGGACCACACAGACUAAACCUAUACCUCUCAAAGCAUCGUGAGGAUCCUGAGCAGGCUUUGCUGGAGACAAGGUUACUCACCAACAACCUCCAUAGCUAUAAACCAAGUGGUUUCUGGGAAGCGUUUACUUUAAGUGCAGAGCUUCUGCAAAAGAUUCAAGGUGGUUCUGGCAGCCUGGGCUUCCUCCUUGAAAUCAAACCUGAAAAUAUUACCAACCCACUUCCUUACCAGAUGCUUGACUCUGCAUCAAAUGAAGACAAGACAGAUGGACUAAACGAGAGACACCUGAGAGUGUGCAGGUCUGUGGGCCAAGACGAUCACAGCUGGGCCAGGGAAAGACCCCUGCUGGUGACCUACAGUCAUGACGGCCGAGGAGAGCCUUUGAUUAAACAUAGCAGAAAAACCUCCGGUAAAAGUCAGAGGAUUAGGGGGAAAAAGGGGUCAAAAGUGAGGGCCAGAAACAGCAGUAAAGGUCACGAUACAGUCAAAGUCUGGGGUAGGGCCAAAAAAAAAGGGUAUUCUGUGCAGGACUGGGCGACUAAUACAGGAGGGGUCAGCUGGAGCGAACGAGGACGCGUGAAAAGAAACGGUGGUCACUCCGCAAAAUUGAGGCGUCUUUCUCGUGGCAGAUGCCGCCGUCACCCUCUACAUGUAGAUUUUAGAGAUGUGGGUUGGCAAAAGUGGAUCAUUGCUCCCAGCGGUUAUGACGCCUUCUUCUGCCUGGGAGAGUGCCGUUAUCCCCUAGCUGACCACAUGAACGCCUCCAGCCAUGCCGUGGUGCAGACCAUGGUAAACUCUGUGAACGGAGCAGUGCCCCGUCCCUGCUGCGUCCCCACCAGCCUCAGCCCCAUCGCCCUGCUUUACAUGGACUCUCAAGACCGAGUUGUGCUGAAAAAUUACCAGGACAUGGUGGUGGAGGGCUGCGGCUGCUUGUAGAGGGGUUGAGGGAAGGGAACGCAGAGGAGCAACGGAAAGGAUAAGUCAGUAGCGGCCAAACAGGCGGAGACUGAUGGAGACAAAUGCACCACCAUGAGAAAUAUCAGCGGAGAGGAUUGAGGCAAGGGAUAAAGCAGUUAAAUCACCAAUAUUAGGAGCAAAAGGUCAGUCAAAAAGAAAAAAAAAAGAAAAAUGAUUAGGAUAAAUCACAAAGCUGGCACAGAGGAAGAAAAAGGACCAGACAGAAGGACAGGUAGAGAUGAGGAAGCUGAAAUAGUGUUAACUUUAGUAAACUGCCAAGAGUUGUUUUAUUUUUCCCAUUUGGUGAGGCUGCAGCUGUUUACAUCAUCAUCCCCUGCUGAUUCGUUCAUGAGAAGCCAGCUCUUUAACAUCAGACGUCCCAAAAAAAAUUGUUAAAAAAACAGGGCGGACACUCAUGUACAUCCAUGUUUUUUGUUCCUCAGGCUGUGUCGGACUUGCACCUAAAGUGGUAAACACUUGAAAGCAUCAUAAGGACAUAUUAUAGGCUCAGAGUUUAAGCAAAUCUGUGUUGUUCUGACGGACAUUUCGACAACGGGACCAGCACGGAGGCGGAACUUUCUAAGACAGUGUUGUUUCUGCAAUAUUUGAACUGACAAUAAGGGUUUGUCUCUCUUUGUGACAGCUAAUGUAAUGACAGACUGUCCCUCAUGAGCAACCACUACAUCGCAAUCUAUUUAAAACAACAAUAAUGUUGAUGGAAUAUUAUGCUAUUAUUUGAAUGUAUUACUAUCAUUAUUAUUUAAAAAAGGAAACUUUUUUUUUUGUAAAUUUCUUUUGCAGAUGUGAAAAAAAAUUCAUGUAAUGGUUGUCUUGUGAUUCAACAUAAUUUCACUGAAUUCUAACUUAAAAGACACACAAUGUAUUUAAAAACGCAGCAAUAUGUUGUAUUUAAUCUUGACAAUAUUUAAGAUACCUGCACUCAUCAGAGCAUACAGCGAACUGAAAGCCUGCUGCCCCACAACAAACCGGUUGUAGUAGUCUUCCAACAAUAUUGGUGUUCUGUGUUUUUGAAUGUGUCACUUCCUGUAUUUUGGUGUAAAACACAUGACGGCAGACAUAAGUGGUAUUACCUCCUAGAAGCUCAACUAACACAUCAGUUGGAAACUAAACGUAUUGUAGCUACUGAAGUGUUUAACAACAGGUGUCUUUGCUCUAGUUUUGUCUGCGUGUCUCCAGAAAAAUAAAUAAUAAAUAAAAAUAAAAAAUAAAAACAGGAAGGCUGAUAAUAAAAUUGGCACUUUAGUGCCUUUCAGACAGAGGCUUUGAAAGUGUUCUCCGGUGAGCUUAGUUUUUAUCAGUGUUGCAUUUUUAUGUCUGAAUGGAAACAUUUAAAGAUUUAAGCAUCAGCUUGUAAAAUGUCUGACAAUAUACCUCUAAUAAACGAAGCAAACUGCAUCA